UCUCCGCCCCUUCAAAUAUAACUGUUGUCCAGCGCACAUAGCACCAGUUGGGAGAAUAUCAAAAAUGGCAACAAUGGCUUCUCUUCACCUCAAAACCCCAACACAUCUGCCCCAUUCUCUCUCUAAACUACCGAGAAUCCACUUCGCGCCGCCUGUCAAUCUCCGCCUCCGCGCCUCCUCCGCCAGGACCGCAUUCGCCGCCGGGAUUUCGGCUUCCCUGAUCGAUCCCGACGGCGGAAAACUCGUCGAGCUCUUCGUUAACGAAUCGGAGAAGGAAUCGAAGCUCAAUCAGGCGGCGGGAUUGCCGAGGAUCAGGCUGUCGGAGAUUGAUCUCCAAUGGGUGCACGUGCUCAGCGAGGGCUGGGCCAGCCCGUUGAAGGGUUUCAUGAGAGAGUCCGAGUUCCUCCAAACGCUUCAUUUCAAUUCGCUCCGACUCGAGAACGGGUCGGUUGUGAACAUGUCGGUGCCAAUCGUGCUCGCGAUCGACGACGCCCAGAAGAAUCGGGUCGGGUCGUCCGCCAGCGUGGCGCUUGUUGAUCAGAACGAUGACCUGGUUGCUAUUUUGAGCGACAUCGAGAUAUACAAGCACAACAAAGAAGAAAGAAUCGCAAGAACAUGGGGCACAACUGCACCCGGCCUGCCCUACGUGGAGGAAACUAUCACCGGAGCUGGGAACUGGCUGAUUGGCGGCGAUCUAGCAGUUGUAAACCCCGUUAACUACAACGAUGGUUUGGACCGGUUUCGUCUUUCGCCAGCUCAGCUUCGUGAUGAGUUCGAGAGGCGCAAUGCGGAUGCGGUGUUUGCUUUCCAGCUCAGAAAUCCCGUUCACAACGGCCAUGCUCUGCUCAUGACUGACACAAGAAAACGCCUUCUUGAUAUGGGAUAUAAGAACCCCGUUUUGUUGCUUCAUCCUUUGGGCGGUUAUACUAAAGCGGAUGAUGUUCCGCUGAGCUGGCGAAUGAAGCAGCACGAGAAGGUUCUUGAAGAUGGUGUGCUGGACCCAGAAACAACAGUGGUCUCUAUAUUCCCUUCGCCGAUGCACUAUGCGGGACCCACCGAGGUGCAAUGGCAUGCAAAGGCUAGAAUCAAUGCUGGUGCAAACUUCUAUAUAGUGGGGCGGGACCCAGCUGGCAUGGGCCACCCUGUAGAGAAACGAGACCUAUACGAUGCUGAUCAUGGCAAGAAGGUGCUUAGCAUGGCUCCUGGUUUGGAGCGUCUCAACAUUCUUCCCUUCAAGGUGGCUGCAUACGACAAGACACAGAGCAAAAUGGCAUUCUUUGAUCCAUCAAGGGCUCAAGAUUUUCUCUUCAUAUCUGGCACCAAGAUGCGGGCCCUAGCAAAGAAUCGAGAGAACCCUCCCGAUGGAUUUAUGUGCCCAGGUGGAUGGAAAGUGUUGGUUGACUACUAUGAUAGUUUGGUGCCUGCUGAGAAUGGUAGAGUACCUCAACCAGUUGCUGCUUGAAGUUUCUUAUUACAUAUAUAAUAUGUAAGUAUGUAUGUAUAAUUACAUGCUUUGGUUGGGAGAUACUAAAUUAAUUAAAUCCUACUCCAUAUGAUAUUACUACUUAGUUUGUGGUUUCGACUUUCGCUAGAAUCUCGUCUAGCUCUCAAUAAUUGCAUGCGAGGAAACACGAUUUACGCCCCCCGACUCAAAACUUUGUAAUAUAUUGACACAACUGUAUCGGAGUUGUGGGAAUCGGUUCCUUCGUAUGUACUUUGUAUGAUAUUUGGGGUUUGUUGCUAAAUCAUCAAGAUAAUGGAUUGUUGGAUUUUUCAAGUUUUUUUGUUUUUUCU